AUUAGCAUCAGACAAUUUUGAAGUAUCCGAAUUUCUUUGGAUGAGAGGUGGGGGAAGAAAUUCACUGAAUUUAAUGGUCAACAAACUACUACUCUUCAUCAUCCAGUAUCAUAGCCGGACAUAGUAAAAGUGUUGUGUUUCAAAAUCGAAUGACACUUAGAAACGGUAUCAUAUGCAAACCCCAAAUUGUAUUGUUUCCAUGCUCUUCAAAUUUCAAGCAAUCAAUCUCGGAAAUCACAUUUUCAACCCCGUCCACUCUUUCACUAUCAAUUUCUUCCUCCACCGCUCUUCGCAAUGCGCAUUUUCCAUUGUUCUGCUCCAUCUCCAGCUCUUCCGUCGAAACUAAUAAUAUGUCUUCUUCAACCAAAAUCUUCAUUAAAGCCAAUGCAGGGCUUCCUCUUGCCACCUCUGAAGCGCAGUUAACGGAAGCGUUUUCAGUGUUUGGUGAAGUUACUCAAGUCAAGCUUUUGAUAGAUAAGGAAUCCGGGCAGUCUCUAGGAUUUGCAUAUAUUUGGUUUGUCAAGGAAGAGGCUGCACAAUUGGCUGCAAAAGAGAUGAAUGGAAAGUUUUUUUAUGGCAAGUUUAUUUAUGUUACAAUUGCAAAUCCUGGAUCAUCAAAAAGUUCCAAGAAGACAACAGCCUACAAAUUUUAAUUAAAUGAGCUCUGUCUCCAUGAACCACUCUAAGUAAGGUAAUAAUAUGCAAACGCUACUAGAUGAUUGGUAAUCUAUAACUUUGAAGAGUGUAUUACGGUUGGCACUUGGAAAUCCAUUCGAAACGUGACCUCUUGGCCUGCUGUCUUUUAUAAUCGCUGUAGAUUUUGUCUGUCUCAAUGUGUGCACUAUAACUGUCUAGUCUGUUAAGGCCGCCUUGAGGCCUAAAGGUUGCUGAUUUGUUCCAAUAUAGGGGGUUUGUGUUGAAA